CGACGAAUCGCACCCGAGAAGCUGAGGAGCAGCACAGCAGUAACCAUUAAAGCGCUUCAGAUGUAUACUGACCAGAAGAAAUGUCAAGAGUUGGCCAGUUCCUCGUCCUUUUACAGCAAGAUAUAUUCAGAAGUAGAAGAGAUAGGGUGGAGGCAUCUUGUUAGAUUGGGGGAAGAUUUGACAUCUCUUAGUUUUCGUAUAAUAGACAAGAAGGGAAGAACACAUACUAUAAUGAUAGAAUUGGAUAAAGGCUAUCCAAAAUCUCCACCCUCAAUAUCGGCGGAUGUGCCGUGCAUCUUCAAUUUGCAAUGGUCAGCAAACUCAACGCUAAAAGAUGUUGUGAAGCAGUUUAGACAGCAUCUGGAUAAGCUUCAACCCUUCUGGUCUACAAUGGAUGAAAUUGACGGCUCUCUUCGGGUUUUUAAUCCUAAACAUCCACGGCUUGCUUCAUCACAUCGCCAAAUAGAUAUAGGUAAUGAUUGCUAUAUCAUCUUGUCUAUAGAUCCGGAUGACCCAAAAGCCCUGCCAGAGUGCCACUUUAUUGGUUCAGAUUCAGAGGUGAACAUACUGCAUGGAAUGUGGAGGAGAAAUUGCCAAAGAUGGAUUAAAGACAAACCAUUUGCUGAAAAUCUGGUCAAUUUAUUGAAAAUUCAAUUACCUGGCCCUCCUGAUGAACGGAAGAGUGAACAGCAGUCUGAAUGUGGAAUUUGUUAUGCACCAUAUCUCCCAAUUGAUGAUGAGCUUGGCACAAAGAGUGGGAGUGGAACUGAUUAUGCAUGUGAAAAUAACAACUGCAGUAAAGCCUUCCACAGUAUUUGCCUUGGAGAUUGGCUGCGUUCCAUCACAACAACAAGGCAGUCAUUUGAUGUUCUAUUUGGGAAUUGUCCCUACUGCUCAGAUCCUAUUGCAGUCAAAAUCAUUACCAAGAAGUAAAACAGCUUAGCAUUUUUUUGUGACCCCACAAAAUUAGUAUACCCGAUUCUUCAGCUGCCUCCUCACAACAUUCAAAGUGGAUAUUAAAACAAGGUCAGAUCACAUUCAUUGGAACUUGGAAGGAAAAAUUUUGGAACUGUCUGCCUUGAUUUAUGUUAUCCCUACAUUGUCUCUCCUUUCCCCAUAAUAAGAAGAAGAAGAAGAAGAAGAAAAAAAAAGGUUACGUCACAAUGAUUUUACUUGUUUGUGGCCAUUUUUAUCUGAAAUGAUUUCAUGCGUCAGUCUAUUGGUAAUUAACCAGGAAGUACUAAGAAACAGCAUAUUCAGUUUAGUAUAUGGUGUGUUCUGUCAAGUAUUGUCAGUUGAUAGGUAAAAUCUUCAUAUGAUUUGUCUUGACAGAACUUCAUUGUAUUUCACUUGUGAUUAAAUAGUCAUUAUUAUU